AGAGCAUUGGUUGGGAUUAGGGCUGGUGCUGUAGGUUGGACGGGAUUACAGAGCGCAGCGCGGCGCACUUCCCUCUGCUGCGCGCUCCGUCAUGGGCUUGAACGCACGGCAUUUCUCCGUCUGUCUUAACUGUUAGACAUCUGAGACCCAUCACCCCACACACCCUGCAAUCCUACUGAUCCUGGUUAGACACACGCUUUAUGGAAACAUGGCCAACGUCCCUCAGCUGAUCAAAAUUGGGAUUUCUUUGAAGAUGCUUCCCAACGACACCGCGGUGUACUUCAAGUCAGACGGAGCCAGGUUUGGACAGACCCGGACCAUCAAGCUGCUGACCGGGUCUAAAUACAGAAUUGAGGUGGUUGUCAAACCAGGAGCGGUGGAGGCCACUGCCAUGAGUGUGGGUGGGGUGACCUUCCCUCUGGAGCAGAAGUCCAAGGAUCCUCAGUCAGUUGUCUAUGCGGGCCAGUAUGACACAGAAGGGGUGGCACACACCAAGAGUGGAGAGAGGCAACCAGUUCAAAUAAACGUACAGUUCACAGAGGCAGGAUCAUUUGAAACUGUGUGGCAGGUGAAGUACUACAACUACAACAAGAGGGACCACUGCCAGUGGGGAAACAGCUUCAACAGCAUCGAGUACGAGUGCAAACCAAAUGACACGCGCACACUCAUGUGGAUUAACAAGGAGAUGUUUGUCUGAUGGAGGAAUAUAGUGUGUUCAGCAACAACGAAACAUUCAGGAUUCUAAUCAGACAUGUCAUAAUGAACUUUUGACUUUUUAUUUAUUUCCUGUUGUUAAAUGAUGUCCAUUCUCUCCUUCUUCCUCAUAUCUCCCGUCAAACGACACGACUUCACCUUUUUCUUUCAAAAGUGUGCCACUAUUUCCAUCAUUCACUUAAUCAGACCAAUGCACCAGAUUUACUGCCAAUUAUCAGCAGAAUUGAUCAAAUCUUGUCAGUGCAUUCACAGUGGUUUUGUUAAAUUUUGUUGAUUUGACAAAUUGAAUAUGUCACAUUUUGUAAUAGUCGAACAUUUCAAAGUUUAACCAGAUGUGAAAGCUAUCAUCAAAUUUUGUUUUAAGGAAUAUCUUAUUGUGUACAGUUCAUCUGGUAACACUGGUGUGUGUUUAGACUGUAAGUGCUGUGCUGGUUGUGUUUGAGUCCAUAUCUGUGUGGUAAGCUUCAGUGUGUGUGUGUGUGUGUGUGUGUGUUUAACAAAUGGUGCUUGUACAAAUGUGUUUAUGUAUUUUGAAGAAAUAUCUGAAUGGGAAUACUUUGAUUCUGACAUGACAAUCAAACAUUUUCAGAAGUCAUAAUGGACUCUCAGUAAACCCUUGCUGGCAUGAAAGUAAAGUUUGAUGAGCCCUGGUUACAUGUGUUAAAUGUUUCUUUCACCUUGUAGAUUAGAACUAUUUGUGUCUCAAUUGGACCUAUUUCCAUCCCAGUCUCCUGUCCUUGUAUCUGAACUUUAAGAAACUCAACAUUCUCUAAUGAUAAAAAAAAGAGAAAAUUGUCAAGUUAUGCAGGAGAGCAAGGCAAUAAGAACCCUAUCGUUAUCACUGUGAAGGUACCACUUCCUGCAAAGUGUCAAUUUAAAGCGUGUUUCAGUUUUUUUUUUCUUUGCGUCAACAUUGUUGUGCAACUCAUCUGUUACAGCAGCUCUAAUCCAUGAAAUUACCCAUAAUCCUGUUGUCAAGCCUAAACCUCUGCCACUGCCUGCUCCUGGAUUAAUUAACAGGGGCCCGUAUGUUUUGUAAUCAAACUCUCUGUGUAGCAGUACGUGGAUGAGUAUUUCUAUUGUGGCACCAAUUUGUGUAUAGUACUAUGCAGCUUUGGAAGUACCAAUUUUGUAUUUGGGUGACGUGGUGUCCCUAUUUACUCAGUGUCUGUUUUCUCUACCUCCAAAGGAUUUACCUAUUGAUAUUAGUGUGUACUAAAGGGAAAUAUUGGAUUUGGAAUGUUCAGAAGUUUACGGAAGAGGAUUAGGGCCAGACAUGAGGAAUAAAUAAUGAAAGAAGGGAAGAUUUUUUAUGCACGUAAACAAAUUUUUUUUUUGGAAAUGUCAAGAAAGCUUAAAUUCUUUGUGUAGAGAAAAAAAAUGUCAUAAUGUUGAGACUUAAGUUGAAAUGCAAUUUCAUGAAAUUUUGACUUUAUUCUCGACAUUGUGGUUCAGUUUUAUUCUCGGCAUUUCAAUUUUUUUCUUGACAUUUCAACAGUUUUCUUUGGGUGCAUAAUGAUAACGUGUUCCUCCUCUCAUUAUGUAUUGCUCAUGCCUGACCCUAAUUCUCUUCUGUACAAUUUAAAUAGAAAACAUUAUUGGAUUAGAAUAAGCAACUAUUUUUGUACAGUGAAACACGUUAACUUUUUCUUGUCAGUGUUUUGGUCGAAUUGAUUCAAUGUAUUGUCAUUGAAAUGUUGAAUUGAACUAUGCAAGAAAUGAAAUGGUGCAAUAUAUUUGUUAUGUAUACAUGCAGAACUGUAUGUGAAAGUGUUGUUUGUUUACAAUGUA